AUGCGACGAAAUAAUAUGCGAUCCUCCUUUCCCAACGAAAAUACUGCAGUUGGAAUUGGAGACCAUAAUGCCAAUGGACAGAUAAGUAUGAUAGGGCGAAAUGCGUUAAAAAAAAAUGAAGACUUUGCUGUUUUUGUAGAUCGAAUGCAUGCAGUGAAUCGUAUGUUUUUUGUUAAGAAAAAAAAAGAUUCUGAAAUUGAAGUUAUAUCUUUUCCUCCUCUAGCUGAUGGUGAUGAUGUUAAUGAUGUAAAAGAUGAUAUAUUAUCAUCACGAUUUGAGGCAGAAUCAAAGUGGCUUAAUUGCUGUUUACGCGAAUAUCUUGAAAGGAAAUCGAGGUAUGGAUCAAUAAGUCGCUUUCUAAUUCCUACAAUGGCAGUGUUACUUUUUUUGGUUUUGUUUUUGUUUUUUUGUUGGCCUCUUUGGGAAGUAUUAAUUGACGUGGAGGCAGAAACACAUUUUAGAGUUCUAGGAAUUCCUUCUGGAUCCCAACCACGGGAAAUAAAACGUGCAUAUCGAGAGGCUGUAAAACGUUGGCAUCCAGAUCGGAACCCUAAUUGUGAUUCUUGUCGUCUUCAGAUGGUAAAAAUUCAACGUGCACAUGACGUUUUGUUGGCUCGAGGAAGUCAACGAUUGGAAUUAGCAAAUAAAUAUAGAGAAGAACUUAUUCAACUUCGAUCAUUGGUUUUUUUCCGCUUGUAUAACAUGGCAUUCUCUGCUGCACAGGAGAUUUAUUAUCUUAUUCGAAGAACUUUAAAUAAUCGUUCUAAUAAAGGUGAAGAUUUUUCGUGGCCUUUGCAGUUAUUUUGCAGAAUUUUAACAAUGGGAUUAUUUACAGUGUACGAGUUUUUGUAUAUAUCUGGUUUUAAUAUUGUGGUACUUCUUCAGGUAUUUUAUUACUGCGUUUCAGUUACAAAGUCUUCUGCAGAAGAAAGAGAAAUGUCACAGAUGGUAAAAAUAUCUUAUAUUGAUUGUUACAGAGAAGCAGGAUUUUUUGUAGGUAUACCAGUUUUCCUUAAUGGUAUCCAAUAUUACCUUAACAAAGAAAAUUAUGAAGAUGAUAGAUUAGAGUUUUUUUUUAGCAUGAUAUUUGGUGUGUUGUAUGUUUUGGCGCAUUUAUAUCGUAUGACACCCAAUAUUUGGGAUAAUUUUAUCAUGAGAAAAUGUUCUCUUCCAUUGAAUUACCUUAAGUUACCAGUAAGGAAGGUAUCUCUUACGAAUAUUAUUUUAACUGAAUUGGGCAUAGUAUUAGAUGAUUUAUUCGCGUUUACAUGUAAAGUACCAUCAAUAUACCGUCUUACUGUUAUUUUUGUACACGUGAUUUUCUUAUGCGAAUUUGCUUGGUUUCCAUGGGAUCCCCCUAUAUUAGUGUCACCAUAUGAGAAACGUGAUAAAAAAGUUUUAAAACAGGAGUGUGAAAAAAAAAGAAUAGUGGAUGAGGUUCCUCAAAAUAAGACCACAAAGUCUCUCCAAAUACCAUUCUCUUUAUCAGAGCUUGAUCUCAUAAAGAACUUGGAUGAGGAAGUAGUUACUUGGAUUGAUAUUGUGACAACUAAGUACAAAAAACAAAUGGAUACAGCUAUUUCAACUUACUUACAUCAGCGACAAGAUUCGGUGGGCUUUGAUCUUGCUCCAAGUUCUAAUUUACGGGAAAUAACUUUUGUUGCUAUUCUUCAAGGUUCGACUGAAAAAACUGGUAAAAUCGAUACUCUUUUCCGUGUCAAAGACGAAUUUUCUGCUCGUCUCUUAGGGUUACAACGAGGACCUUCAGGAUGUCUACCAUCUGAAGCAUCAGAAGUUGGUAAUGCUAAAGCAAUAGUACAGAAAUACGCUCAAGUUGCUGGUAAAGAAGGUUUGUAUACCCCUUCUCAAUUGUGGGGGAACAAACUUUACUUUACUAACUUCAAAGAGGAUAAUAACAAUAUAUUAAUAUUGCUACUCUUUUUUGUAGUCUUUGUAGUUUCUUUGCUGAUAUUUUCUCUUGCUCCUUUUGCACCAAAGCAAGUAACAUAUUCAACUAAUCUUUCUUUGUUACAGCAACCAUUGCGUGAUACACGGCUGUCGUUUCUUCCCAAUAAACAUAUCCUUAGGGAAUAUGGGGCAAGUAUAGUAACCUUGUUUGGUCAUGUGUUUUGUACUGUGGAUAUUUGGGAUACCCUUAGGCAUAUUCAGCUUUAUAAUUAA